UUACAUUUUAUUGUCAAACACCAACUAAAAAGUACACGCGAUGGAAAAUUCCAGAAAAUGAAUUUAGUCGUAAUCUCGUUAUCCAUUUUGAUAACGUUGUCUCAAACGAAAAAUCGUAAAGUUAAUGUUGAAGAUCCAUAUUUAAGAACAGGAGAGAAGACAGUAGGAUUACUCAAAGAUUAUGGAAAUGAAAAUGUAUUAAGUAAAUAUCUGGACAAAAGUAAUGUUAAAGAUGAUUCUGACAAUCUGAUAGCUAAGAGAAAAGCUAAAGCAUUGAAGCUGAAGCGAGUGAAAGCGUCCGUUGAAAAAUGGAAUGACGACAAUUUCUUGAACAUAGCAACAAAGUCCAAUUUAAGAAUUGGGUACGAGUUAGACCCCAUACUUAAUAAAGUGAGGAGGAUGGAAGCGCCAUCCUCCUCUGAUUCAGACAGCUCGAGUAGGGAGUUCCAAGAUUGGAAAGCAGAAUGGAAGGAGAUGUGGCAUAAGAAGAAGUUAGAAACGAGGAACUUGUCAACCCGCCCUGAAGGCGAUUCGGUUAAUAUGGCUGCAGCACGACCCUGGGGCGUUCCGUGCGGUGACCCCGCGCAGCACGACAUGCCGUGGGGCUCAUGCGUGCUUGCCGUCGAGUGCAGCGCCGAGUUCAGAAUCUAUAAGGGAGACUACUUCUGCGGGCGCACGCAGUGGGUCUGCUGCGCCAUAAACUUCCACACCUACGACCUCUACCAAGGACUCUCUGUCUCCCUAGAAGAAUCCAGCUUCGAAAUCAACAGCGCCGACGAACGCGACAGAGCCAAGAAAAAAUCCUCCAAAGAACGACGCAAACGCUCCGAUCGCAGAAGAAAACGACGCAGGCGAUUGAGAGAGGAACGAAAGCGCAAAAUCAAGCGAGCCAUCGCGCGAAUCGUCAAGGAGGUUCGCAGAAUCCUUGACAAAGCGUACAAAAACGCCAGCAAACUCCGAAAGAAAAAGACAAAUACCAUGAAGAAAUUUAUCAAAUUUCUCAAAAAACAGUAUAAAAUGGAUCGAGAGUCGGCCAAGGAUAUUCAUGAGCAUCAGAUGAUGGAGGUCGACCAGGAAUUUAUGGACAAAUUGAAUCAAAUAAAAGAUUUGAACGCCGAUUUCAUGUCCAAUGAUACGUUUAGGCAUAUUAUAGUUAAUAAGACGUUAACGCUUAGGGGUGCCAAGAUGUUGCUUGAGGCGUAUCCCGAGUUGCAAGAGUUCAUGCCGAAGGAGCUGGUUCCCCCGGGGGAUUAUACCCGUCAGAGGAAGGAGAAGAGUUUAAGAAGAGGUGGGGGGUGGUCGAACCGGCCCAGCAGGCGGCCGCAUUUGAGAGGGGGGAUUCAGCGGCCGCCCUAUCGUCGCGGUCGGAAACAUCUUGACUAUGACGUGGAAUAUGGGUUGUUGUAUAGUUGAAUAAAUAGCGAGUGAUCUGUAAAAAA